AUGUUUCAAUCUUUAGAAAUACAAAAUACAAACAUAGUUAUUACAGAAGUUUGUACAAUUAAGAAAGCAGAUCUCACAUGGUUUAGAGAAAAUGAAAAUACAAACUUUCGAAGACCAAUCAUGUAUCCUGACGAUGAUGGACACAUAACCGAAUAUACUCAAAUCAAGUUGAGCAGUAAACAAAAUGCACUUUUUGAUAGAAAACGUCGAGAAUUUUUGAAGCAACAUAAAUUUAUUCUUGAUAAAGAAAACAAUAUUAUUGAAGAAAUCAGUAAAAAAUAUUUACUUGAAUUACUUUAUCCAGCUAAAUUAGCAAACAUCAGAUUUAAGAAUGGUUAUCAAUUCGAUUUACGUGAAU